AUAACCCCCCAAAAUUAAUGACAGCCAUCACCUGCGAUGGAUGUAGAAAAAUGCCUAGACAAAGAUUAUUUGGACUUCAUAUCUCGGUCUCACGAAUAUUACUCGAAACUGCUCGACGAUGAAGCACGAAAUUUGUGUGAAAACUGGCUGGUGAAAAUUCUGGGUCAGAAAGUCGAUGGAGUCCGCGACAAACGAAAUCGAAAUAUAUUCAUGAUGCACCUGUUGACACAGAUGCAGUCAGGGGAACUCACAGGGAUUUUCUCCAAUCCACCAGGUGAAGGAGAUCUUCCCUCAUCAAAAAAACUCUUUGACAAUUCGAAUGACGACGAUGAAGAAAGGGCUGAGGCAGUCAUUGCAGAUGACAUCAAGGAGUUGUCUGACGAAAGAUCUGCGGAUGCUAGAACUUUCUACGCAUUUCGUCAUCUGCCUGAUAAUCAAGGAAUGUACGGAUUCAUAUCGUUGACCCUCGAUCCCACAGACGACAUCGACUACGAGAUAAAUCCUUGUACUGUUGAUCAAAGCCGAUUGGCACAUGCCAAGGCCAUGCGUAAUUUCCAGGCAGGCAAUAUUUUCACCUGCUCCGAGCCCUCUGAACGCCAGAUGGAGGAUUUCUACUUGAACAACGUGGAGCAAAGAAUAUCUGGGGACGUUUCGAGAAUGUUUGAGGACCUGCAAGCUGCCUCAGAACCCAAGUGCCUGAAAAAAGCUCAGGAUCAAUCUUUCCUGGAUGAUGCAUUGAAACAGAUAGACAGGGAAAUCAAAGGAGAAGCCAGGGGGGAUCAUAAACUGGUGAAGUUUCUCUCGAGUAGAUUGGGGGAGGACCUGAAGAGAGACCCCAGAAUGAAACAUAUAGUGGAUCUGCCAGAUCAGCAGAGGCACUUGAGAAUCCUAGAAAUUCUGAGACAGAAAUUGGUGUUGAGGAAACAGGAAAAGAAGCAAAGGAAGUUGCUGACGAAAAUGGAGGAGAGGAUGAUGAAGGACUGGGGCUGUUCCUGCAAGGAGGACGAGAAGUCGAAUCGUAUGUGGACUCUGGCUGUCACUCGACCCUUAAAGGAAUCGGUUAUGAGGAAAUUGCAGGAAAAUUAUCCUCCAGAGAUAAUCCCAGUGUUCCUGGAGCUUCUGUCUAACGAUCGUCAGGUAAUUUUGGAGAAUGGAUUGCAACGCCAGCAGGAUCUCAUCGAAAGCAUGAGGGUAGAGGGGUAUCGAGAUAUUCAAGUGCACAAAGCUGCGUACAACAACGCACGAGAUUCCUACAGGGAAUGGAAUGAAAUUCUGUCGAACGUCCAGGAGGUGAUGUUCAAAGCUGGCACCGAAGACAGAGAAAAAAAUGACGAUGAUAGCCCCGAUGGCUCAGAAAAUCUCGUGAUAGACAUGAUGGCUCAGAUGAAAGAGACAGAGCAAUUGAUUGCCGAUGAGGCACGCAGGGGCGACGAUAUGACAUCCAAAAUAUACGAGAUCAACUCUUGGACGUUCUCUACUGAUCGAGACAAGGGCAAGGACUGGUCUUGGGAGGUUAAACUUGAAGUGGAAAAGUUGAAAAAUAGUGUCAGCGAAUAUCAAUCAGUUAUUCAACGGCAGAACCAGAGAAUCAAGUACUUGAAGUCUGAAUUAAAGUCUAAAUCGACUUGA